AUGGAUUAUGUUCCUCCUUCCCACCUCCACCUCUCUCCUCAGCACUCUCUCCUCCCCCCACCCCUCCCCCAUCGACCCUUGCCACUCCACCCCUCGCGAGAUCCACGAUGGGUUUUGGCUCUGCUUCGCCUCUCGUUCCGUCUCCCGGCCGCAUUGCGAAGCUUUGAGGGGCCGCGUGCAUGCGAGCGAGGGGCAGGGCGCCAGGUCGAUAAGGCCAGAGCCUGGCUCAAGAAGUAUGAGAGGAAGUUGGAGGAGAAGCAGGCCAAGGCGAUGGAGAAGGUGCAGAACGAGGUGGCCAAGGUGCGGCACAAUACGGAAGAGAAGCGCGCGUCGGUGGAGGCCAAGUGGGGCACCAAGGUGGCAUGCGUGCUGGAGCUCGCCAACUUCAUGAGGGCCGUCGGGAGGGUGUCCUCCACCAAGCGUUCCUUCUUCUGA